AAAAGAAAAAAAAAGGAAAAAGUAAUUUUGUCCGAAUACAAGGAAGCGCUUUCUUUGUAAAUCGCUUAAUUGCUCUGUUUCUCUUUUAGAUCCAUUCUCUCUUCCACCGACUCCGAAAAACCCUCUUCCUGUCGAUUCCACCGUCACAGAUCCAAAUCCAAAUCCAAAUCCCCAAUUCCCAAUUUCUCCAUUGUUAUUCCCUUUUUCAUUUUCGUCUUUUUUAAGGGUUCUCUGCCCUCGCUGGAGGAGUUUCACAAUCAUGAUUGAGCGCAUUCUCGGACCCACCCGCCUCCGCCGCAUCCAGCGUGCCUUCCGCCACAGCGCCGUCACCGUCCUAUGUCUCUUCUUAACCGUCGUUGUCCUCCGUGGCACUGUCGGCGCUGGUAAGUUCGGUACUCCCGAGCAGGACUUCAACGAGAUCCGUCACCAUUUCUCCUCUCGCGGCCGCCGUGUCGAGCCUCGCCGUGUUCUUGAAGAGGCUCAGCCGGAGACUACCAACAAGCCGGCGGAGCAGUCCAAUAAUUAUGCUACAUUCGAUAUUUCGAAGAUUUUGGUGGAUGAAGGUGAGGAUGAGAAGCCCGAUCCGAAUAAACCCUUUAGUCUUGGCCCUAAAAUUUCUGAUUGGGAUCAACAGCGAGGUGAAUGGUUGAAGAACAACCCUGAUUUUCCUAAUUUCAUUCGACCUAAUAAGCCUAGAGUUCUUUUGGUUACUGGAUCCUCCCCAAAGCCUUGUGAGAAUCCUGUCGGUGAUCAUUACCUUUUGAAAUCGAUUAAGAACAAGAUCGAUUACUGUAGGCUUCAUGGGAUUGAGGUUUUUUACAAUUUUGCGCUUCUUGAUGCUGAAAUGGCGGGUUUCUGGGCAAAGCUUCCAUUGAUUAGGAAGCUCUUGUUGUCACAUCCGGAGAUUGAGUUCUUAUGGUGGAUGGAUAGUGAUGCUAUGUUCACUGAUAUGGCUUUUGAGGUUCCAUGGGAGAGGUAUAAGGACCAUAACUUUGUGAUGCACGGAUGGAAUGAGAUGGUCUAUGAUCAGAAGAAUUGGAUUGGGUUGAAUACUGGAAGUUUUCUUCUGAGGAAUUGCCAAUGGUCACUCGACAUUCUCGACGCUUGGGCCCCAAUGGGGCCAAAAGGGAAGGUUAGAGAGGAAGCUGGGAAGAUCUUGACCAGAGAACUGAAGGACAGGCCUGUUUUCGAAGCUGAUGAUCAGUCAGCUAUGGUGUAUUUACUGGCAACACAAAGGGAUCAAUGGGGGGAGAAAGUAUACCUUGAGAAUGCCUACUAUUUACACGGAUAUUGGGGCAUUUUGGUUGAUCGUUACGAGGAGAUGAUUGAGAAUCACCAUCCAGGUCUCGGUGAUCAUCGGUGGCCUCUUGUCACCCAUUUCGUCGGGUGUAAACCUUGUGGGAAAUUCGGAGAUUACCCAGUUGAAAGAUGUUUGAAACAAAUGGACAGAGCAUUCAACUUUGGGGAUAAUCAGAUUCUUCAAAUCUAUGGCUUUACACACAAGUCAUUGGGUAGCAGGAGAGUGAAGCGAGUUCGAAACGAUACGAGUAAUCCGUUGGAGGUGAAGGAUGAACUUGGGUUGCUUCAUCCAGCAUUCAAAGCUAUAAAGGUAUCAUCAACAACUUCUUGAAAGCCAUGGAAAUAAUGCUUGAAAUUACAAUGGUUAGGUUGAUGGUUGUUAUAAAUGCAAUAUAGAGUUUCCUUUUGGUGGGGUUGGGGAUGUUGUUUGUUCUUUGAAAAGGUGUAAUACAGUGUUCAAAAUUGUAUGGUUUAUCAGUUACCCAUAAUAUUGGAGUUUUGUAAACUUUUCUUUUGGGGGGUUAAAAAACAAAACUGUGUUAUUAAUGUCUAAAUUUCAUUGAUUUUUAGAAAAUUUUCUUUCUUAGGUCAACACUUUGUAAUGGCAAAUCUAAGAGAUUAUGAAUGAUAGGGAGAGUUCUGGAACAAAUUUGUCUAUCAA